AUGAUGCAGAGAAAUGAGAUAUAUAUGGCCGACGGAUCUGGCGGGUGGUGCCAUGGCUAUGAUGGAGCUAUGAUAGGAGACCCACCGAUCCCAGCAACAAAUUCCUCGGCUUCAUCGUCCCUUUCAGUCAAUCAAUUCGCACAGAUGGGGCUUGACAGGUACAUUUAUGAUUAUAUGGUGAAAAACAAAAUGUACAAGGCUGCAGAUAUAUUCGCCUUAGAGGCCAAUGUUGGUCAGGGUCCUGUUGUUACUGAGGCGUUAUUGCUCUAUUCUGUAAUUCAUGAUGAAUAUGGUACAUGUCGAUUGAUUGUAAAUCUGGGGUUUGUUUUAGGGAUCGAUUCUUCAGAAGGUUUAUUGACUGAAUGGUGGAGGGUAUUCUGGGACAUAUAUUCCUCCAGGUUACAAGAGCAUCCAGAGGGCAAUGAAGACUCCUCUAAUAAGGCUACACAAAGGAUGAUAAAUGAGCUACAUAAUAUCUCCCCUAUAAUGACGAAACCAGAAAUGAAUCAGCAGUUUUCCAUUGGUAUGGAUUUUAAUAAUAUGCUGAGGCAACCAGCAGCAGAUCUUUUGGCUGCGAAAAUCUAUGAGGAAGAGCGUCUUAGGCAUCUUACAGCUAAGGAUUUAUAUUCAAAUGCACAAUCUCUUGGUGUUGAUAAAUUGGCUCUCUCGAGGCCAUCUUCAAGCAAUGCUAGCUACACCCAACAACAACUUUCAAAGAUGGCUCAACAGCGGGUGAUGAGAGAUAACAUACGGGGCAUUAGUUUGGGGAGAACUCUCCCUAUGGACUCAACUCUCCACGGGGUACCAAAAUCCAUAUUCCCAAGGACAGGACUUCACGAUACUGGGAUGGGCGAAGGGGUCAAUCUGACGCCACUGACAGGAUGGCCUCCGAUUGGAGUUGACCAAAUUCCCCAUGGAUUAGCGUAUCAAGUACUAAAUUCAUUUUUACCAGUGCCAAACGAACACCAAAAUUUUCAGAAGCCUGCUGCUCAUCAUCAAGAUAUUUUAGCUCCAGUAAUGGCACAAACACCAGGGAAGCCAACAUCUUAUUUUCCUGGAAGCACUAGUAAUUUGAGUACUAUUAUGCCUCCCACGAAUGAAUUAAGUGGGAGAAAUGGGCAUAUGAUGCCACCAAUGAGACAAACUGUAGAAGAACAAAUGGUGAUCCCUGUGAGACAAACAGUGGAGCAACAAAGGAUAUUCCCUGUGAGACAAACUGCAGAGCAACAGCAUAAUGAUCAGCUGAAGCAGCAGCAAUUACAUGAGAAUAGCAGAAAGAGAAAGAGUUUAUCACAUUCACGUGAUGGAGAGAAUACUUUGGUUGGUCAUAACACCUCAGGGGAACUAGCCUCAGGGGAACUAGAUGGUAAGGAUGCUAAGGAAGAUAAACCCUUGGAUGAUGAUAUUGACUCCUUUUUGUUCCAUGAUGAUGACAAUACUGAUCCAACAAACACUACUUUCACUACUUUGCAACGACUUUCGCCAGUUUGCAACGCAAAUGAACAAAAAGCAGGAUUCUCUUUUGAAGAGUUUGGUAGCUUCCACCCGAGCAAAAGCAAGGUCCUAUGCUGCCAUUUCUCAUCAGAGGGACAGUUUUUAGCUAGUGCUGGGCACGGGAAGAAGGUGUCAAUUUUGAGCAUGGACAGUUUUAAUAUCUUUAAUACUGCAGAAGCACAUUCCCAUAUCAUCACAGAUGUUCGAUUUAAACCACAUUCAACUGUGUUUGCUACAUCUUCCUUUGAUAGAACUGUACAAAUAUGGGAUGCAGCCAGACCAAGCAAAUUGCCAGUUAUGCUUCUUGGGCAUGGUGAACAAGUAAUGUCAUUGGAUUUCCACCCAAAUAAUUUGGAUCUCCUCUGUUCUUGUGAUAGUAAUAAUGAGAUUCGGCUGUGGAAUGUUCAACAAAGUGUUUGCACACGCAUCUCUAAGGGAGCUACAAGACAAGUUAGAUUUCAGCCUAGAAUUGGCAACCUUUUGGCUGCCGCUGCAGGAAAUGGUAUCAGUUUAAUUGAUGUUGAGACUAACAACCUCCAGUACUACUUGGAGGGACAUGUCAAAGAAGUCCGCUCUGUCUGCUGGGAUACAAGCGGGAAGUACAUUGCCUCUGUCAGUGAGGAUAGUGCAAGAGUGUGGUCAACUGUAUUGGGUGGAAAAUGCAUACAUGAAUUUCAUUCUAAUGGCAAUAAGUUUGAAUCAUGCUCGUUCCAUCCUGGAUACUCUCUACUAGUUGUUAUUGGUUGUUACCAGUCAAUUAUAUUGUGGAAUCCAACUGAGAGCAAUAAAACUAUGACAGUUGCUGCACACAAUGGUAUAAUCGCUGCAUUGGCAAAUUCUAAUGCGACUGAAUAUAUCGCCUCAGCAAGUCAUGACCAACAUGUGAAGUUGUGGAAAUGAGACCUCUUUCUCUCGCGUGUGUACAUAUGGAAGAUUUGGCAUUUGAUGAGGUUUUUUGAGUUGGGUUACAUUUUAUUGGGUUUGGGGUACAAGACAAAAUGAAUAAUGCUGCUUGAAGUUGCAUCACCGGGAAUAAAGCCAUAGCUAUGAUGAUCGCACCUUCUUUUGUUAUUGAGGAAACAGGUAUGCAUGAUACAUGGUUUAUAGUCAUCAAAUCUUUAUAGGCAGAUGUAAACAUAUAAAAUAAAUUCGGAUUAUUGGGCACUGCUCUCUCUCUUUCUCAGCAACUAGAAUUUUGGAGACAGGCCCUUCAGCGAUUUAUUGCUGGUCUGAGUCUGUUUGUCAAUUAUAUAAAUUUGGAUCUUUUUUUGGCAACUAUACUUCUGUUUGACUUGAGAUUUUCCAAGUCUUGUUUUUAGAAUAAUUUUGAUUAGACUUUUUUGUUCUUCAUGCCUCUAAUUAAGAUAUAUGACUUGUU